UAAUCUUCUGGAGCUUUUAUUUCCCCAACUCUGAUUGGAUAGACAAGAGCCUGUCUCCAGAAAUCACCAUAAUCCUCUUUGAUACAGUAACCCCCCUCCCCUGUACAUCUCUCUACCCUCCCUCUCUCUUCCUCUCUCUCUCUCGCUCUCUCUCUCACCCACCCACUCUCUCUGCUUCUCUCUCUCCACCACUGUAAACCCAUGGAAGGGAGGAGGGUUUAAUCCAAGUGGAUUACACGGUAAACUGGGUGACGGAGCAGGCAGUCCACCGCUACUGAAGCCCAAUGGCUGCUUCCUGUUGUCCCGGGACACUCUCUGAACAGCAGGACAUCUUUUCCUGCUAUGGGCUUGGAGUAACCAGGUCAUCUCGGCUGGAGGAACUCUGAUGAUUUUUUCCCCCCAGAGAAAUUGGAAAAGGGUAGAGUUCUAUUGUGGGGAGUGUCACUAGGAGGAAGCACUGCUGGUGUUGUGCGUGCGUGCAGUCCCGGUGCAGAUUGUCUUGAGAGGGGAAUGCCGCUGGCCUGUUCGUUCUUGCCGGGACGUCCCAGCAAGAGCAGGACUGAGUGAACGGAGCGGGGGAGUGUGGAGGAUGGGAGGAUGAGCAGGGGAAGGAGGGGAUCGCCAAGAGACAGAGAGCAAGCUGCGAAAGGUGGACGCGGGCAUGCUGGGACUCAGGGCAGGUCACACAGCCGGGCUUUCCAGCGAUGAACCCAACGGAAGCAUCUAGAAUCCCAGGCUCAGGAGGGGUCGGCGAGCCGAUAUGAGUCCACCGACACACAGGCACCCCGCCGGGACCUUUUCACGACUUCCAGCACGGCUGCCCACCCUUCUGUGCACAUGACCCCAUAGGAAUUCUGUGCUGAAUUGUUGAAACUGUUCUUCUGUUAGCGUGUUUGAUUAGUGCAUGCACACGCGCACCGCACGCGCUACACACGCCACACACGCUACCUACAUGCAGCUGUCUUUCUCCACCGGAGCAGAGGGCAGGAUGUGGUGCCCUGGCGGCGGGUUGGCGAGGCCGGGCGGCAGGACGUGGGUCGGGUUCGCCCUCUGGAUUAUCUGCGCCAGCUGUCUCUGCCUCACCGCGAACGCGCAGUUCAGGAUUCCCCCGGAAACGGUUCAGCAAUGGGCCAAUACCUUUGCAGGGGAAAUAUACUCUAUAGCGACAAAAUACUCUGGAUCCAAUUUGCUGCAAAAGAAAUUCAAAGACGUGGAGCCGAUUAUCAGGAUUGACGAGGUCGACGGCUCAGCGCUGGCACAGAAGUUUGCCAAAGAGAUGCAGCAGAUGCUGGGCCGGAAGAUGAAGUCAGUGAAGCGACUGGCAGAAUCUGCUGAGGAUGCAGACUUGUACCAUACAUUCAAUGAAACCUUAGAGUUUGACUACUACAACUCAGUGAUGGUGAACACCAUGGACGAGGAUGGGGAGUUUGUGGAGUUGGGGGGCGAGUUUGUCCUGGAGGAAAACGAGCAUUUCAGCCGACUGUCUGUCAACACCUCGCUGAGUGACAUCCAGGUCCCCACCAAUGUCUACAACAAAGAUCCUGACAUACUCAAUGGGAUCUACAUGUCAGAGGCGCUGAACACCGUGUUCAUCUCUAACUUCAAGCGGGACCCCACGCUCACCUGGCAGUACUUCGGCAGCUCCACGGGCUUCUUCAGGCUCUACCCAGGCAUCAAGUGGACCCCAGACGAAAAUGGCGUCAUUACUUUUGACUGCAGGAACCGAAACUGGUACAUCCAGGCGGCCACCUCUCCUAAGGACAUCGUGAUUGUGGUGGACGUCAGCGGCAGCAUGAAGGGCCUCAGACUCACCAUCGCCAAGCACACCAUCAGAACCAUCCUGGACACGCUGGGGGAGAAUGACUUCGUCAACAUCAUCGCAUAUAAUGACUACGUGCACUACGUGGAGCCCUGCUUCGAAGGCACUCUGGUCCAGGCGGAUCUGGACAAUCGUGAGCACUUUAAGCUGCUGGUGGAGGAGUUGCAUGCCAAGGGCCAGGGGAAAGUGAAGAAGGCCAUGAAGGAGUCCUUCCGAAUCCUCAACGAGGCAACCACCCAGGGGAAGGGCAGCCUGUGUAACCAGGCCAUCAUGCUCAUCACAGACGGAGCCAUGGAGGACUUCCAGCAGGUCUUCCAGGACUACAACUGGCCGGAGCGGAAGGUUCGCGUUUUCACUUAUCUCAUUGGCCGAGAGGUGACGUUUGCGGACAAUGUGAAAUGGAUUGCCUGCAACAAUAAAGGUUACUACACUCACAUUUCAACCUUGGCCGACGUGCAGGAAAACGUCAUGGAGUACCUGCACGUCCUGAGUCGGCCAAUGGUCAUCAACCACGACCAUGACAUCAUCUGGACCGAGGCGUACAUGGACAGUGUGCUGUUCAACACCCAGGCUCAGAGCAUGCUGCUCAUGACCACGGUCGCCAUGCCGGUCUUCAGCAAGAAGAACGAGACACGCUCCCAUGGGAUUCUCCUGGGGGUGGUGGGGUCCGACGUACCUCUGAGGGAGCUGAUGAAACUGGCUCCACGAUACAAGCUUGGAGUUCACGGCUAUGCCUUUCUCAACACCAACAACGGCUACAUCCUCUCUCACCCUGACCUCCGACCUCUGUACAAAGAGGGAAAGAAACUUAGGCCCAAACCCAAUUACAACAGUGUGGACCUGUCUGAGGUGGAGUGGGAGGACACGGAGGAGACUCUCAGAACAGCGAUGGUGAAGGGCGAAACAGGCACAUUCUCAAUGGAUGUGAGAGCCUCGGUGGAGAAAGGGAAAAGAGUUAUGUUCCUGACAAAUGAUUAUUUCUACACAACUAUCAAAGACACUCCUUUCAGUCUGGGCCUAGUGCUGACUCAGGGCCAUGGCGAGUACAUUUUCACAGGCAACGUUUCCAUUGAAGAAGGACUUCAUGACCUGAUGCAACCUGACCUGACCCUUGCUGACGAGUGGACAUACUGUGAGACAGACAUCGAUCCGCAGCAUCGCAAGUUCAGCCAGCUUAUGGCGGUAGUUCGCUACCUGAGAGGGGAGGAGCCUGAGCUGGAGUGCGAUGAAGAGCUGCUGCAGACGGUUCUUUUUGAUGCCGUGGUAACUGCUCCCAUGGAAGCGUAUUGGACAGCCUUAUCGCUCGAUGAAGCCGGAAUUGAGGAAGGGGUAGAGGCGGCUUUUUUGGGAACACGGGCAGGACUCAUGCGGCUCACCAGAUACGUCGGCACGGAGAAGCGCGUGGUAAAGAAGUUCCUGACCUCGUCAGACAAGGAAAACCUCUUCACAAUGGACCACUUCCCUCUGUGGUAUCGGCGGGCAGCGGAGCACCCGCCUGGCAGCUUCCUGUACUACAUCCCUAACCCAGAGAGCCGAGAUGGGAAGGGAGUCGUCGCCACCACAGCCGUGACGGUCACCAUCAACGACAAGAUGGCCAUUGCGGCAGCCAUAGGGGUGCAAAUGACCCUGGAGCUGAUGGAGACCAGGUUUUGGGCGAUCGCCAAACAGCCCAAUGACACAGAUUGCAGCCGCGUGGACGGCGCCUGUCCUCUAGACUGCGAGAGCAUGCUAAUAAACUGCUACAUCGUCGACAGCAACGGCUUCAUCCUGAUCACCAAGGACAAGAAAGAUGUCGGGAAGUUCUUGGGGGAACUGGAAGGGGCUGUGAUGACACAGCUGCUCAGGAUGGGCAUGUUCAAAAGGAUAUCGCUGUACGAUUACCAGGCCAUGUGCAAGAACCCCCUCCAUCAUGCCAACAGCGCCCGGCCCCUCCUCAGCCCCUUCUAUGGCCUGGCGUCGGCUCUAAAAUGGCUCCUGUCUCAGUUCCUGCUCUUUUUGCUGGAGUUUAAUGUGUGCGGGCUGUGGCACUCUGAUCACCUUGCAGAAGCUCACAAGCACAAGAAGGUGGAGCUCAUGCAGCCCUGUGACACGGAGUACCCCAGCUUCGUCCACGACCCCUCCAUCAAGGAGACCAACAGCUACAUCCAGUGCGCCCGCUGUCAGAAGAUGUUUGUGUUGCAGCAGAUCGCCAACAGCAACCUGAUAAUGGUGGUGAUACAGUCAGACUGCGACUGUUCCCGGAAGUAUUCUCCCAUUACCCUGGAACCAAAGGAGGUCAAAUAUAAUGCCUCGGUGAAGUGUGACAGGAUGCGGUCGCAGAAGAUCCGCAGGAGGCCGGACUCCUGCCACGCCUUCCACCCCGAGGAAAAUGCCAAAGAUUGUGGGGGAGCUUCGGAAAUUUCCCUGUCUGUGGCCCUAUUCCUGGCUUCCCUGGCCACCUCUACGUGGGUCCUGCGAUGAUGGACAGGCCAAGACUCCACCUCCCUGGAGUCACUGAUCUCCUGGCUCCCAAAAUGGCUGAACCAGGCACGCGGGCUGCUGAAAUGCUACUGUAAUCUUUAGUUUUUGAGCUGAGUAGAUUGCCAACCAGCACUGUGACUGCUGAGGGACGAUACAACAGCUACACACUGGGAAGAGACCAUCCCUGGAUCUACACCAGUGCACAGAAACAAAAGGGCUUUUCAACAGUGUCUUAAGAUGCCAUUUUCCUCUCUCUUUUCUUAGCAAAAUUCUCUGAGGGAAAAUCGGACACAUUUUUAAACAACGGAGAAGAGACACGACUACAAAUGCUCACCUUUGUGGAGAAGAAAAAUAGCGGUCAGUUACUACUGCAAAAAUAGAUAUCCAAUUCAUGCAUGUGUUUCAGUAGCAUUAGCCAUGGGCAUGUGACUUUGUCAAGACAUGUUCUACAGAAGCACUGCAGCCAAGACACCGACACAGGUGUCACCAAGGCUGGAAGGUAUCUUUGUCUCCAAUCGGCUGCAUGAAUUCUGCCCUCUGCUGGACACUGCAUCACAGUGCAGUGCCAAUGUCCUGUGAUGUCAGAGCAUUAUUCAUUCAUUCAGCUUUUUAUUUCAGACUCUAAAAAAAGGUCCAUUAGAACUGUGGCCUAUGCUGAGCCAGAUCAGAAUCUCAAAAAGAUUAAAAAAAAAAAAUUCUAUGCACAGGUGCACACAUACACAUACAACCACAAGCACACACACACAAGCAAACACAAACGAGACAGGUAUUAGCAUAUCUGCAUGUUUUGUAAAAUGUCAAAAUGUGGGCAGCUUGCAGGCUCCAUGCACUCAACAACUGCAGGAGAGACGGUUCACACACACCUUCAGCCUUAAAGUGGAGAUGUGUGGUCCAUAAUGAAGGUCAGGAGACCAGGUUUGAUUCUGUGCGCAAACCCUAAAAGGUGCUCUGCACAGUCUGCAUUUUGCAAUGGUUAUGCAAAGGUUUGUUUCAUUUUAUUUUGUUGACAAAAGUGUAUUAUUCAUUUAUAGGGGUUAAGGGGGGCUACCUCUAUUCAUUAAGAGUCCCGGGCCUACAGUAAUAAGAGGGUAGGCCCCUAAUCGAUAGACCCUCAGGUUUGUUUUAGGGCACAGAUGUCUAACUCCAGUCCUGGAGGGCCGCAGUGUCCGCCAGUUUUUGGGGAGUUCUCGACAUAAGUGUUUCAUUCAAAUCAUUGAUUGGCUAAGGCAUCCACACGCCUUGUUCUCAAGGCCUUAAUUGGCAGCUGACUGAAAGGAAAACACAAAAACCCGCAGACACUGCAGCCCCCUUGGGAUUCAGUUUGACACCCCUGCUUUAGGGAGUCGGGUAACGAGAAUGUGUAGUUGGUCCCAGCUGUUUUAGGACCAUGUUUGUCACUUUCAAAAGGGGUAGAUUUAGGGGGAAAACAGUAUUGGAACGUGUUCCUCUGAAAAUUACACUGUAUAAUGAAAAUGGUGGAGAGGCACACUGCAUGGGAAAUGACAAAGACAAAAGCCGAUGAGCAACCUGUAUUAUUACAUCAUAGGCUUACGCUCCAAACUGAAGUCCAAUAAAUAAAGACUAAUGCAACUAGCAUUCGGCACCACAGUGCACAAAAUGUCAUACCAAGCUCCACAUAACAACAGUAGAGACAAACAACACCAAAUACUGACAAGCUAGGCCAUUUCUCUUUUCAUCUUAAGCUCACAUUAGCCAUGCUUACGGGUACAGACGAGUGGUACAGUACUGAGCUCGGUCAGUGAGUGUGAAAGUGAAGAACUUGAUGGGUUUGAACUGUAGACAGCUGUGCUGUGGGACUAGGGGGGCGAGGGGGUGACAAGCCCGGAGGCUGGGCCUGUUCUCUCUGGCUGAGGUGGGUAUAUUCACACCCAGCAGGCUGUAGCACCCUGAACCACAUACCAGUAUCUUGCAAAAACACACCAUUUUUUUUAGGGGUAUUUACACAAUCCUGAAUUUUUUUAAAGGUAAAGAGACUGCAUAAGUACAAGAAAAGUGAAGGGUGCUUUAGGAAUUAUUUAAAUACAAAUGUAAAUAAAUGUUAAAUAAAUUACAAUAAAAUGGGUAAAAGUAGCUGCAAUCUAUUUGUUGUUACUGUGACAUUAAAAUGUCUGCAGUGGGUAUUCAUUAAGAUGACAUGAGCAAAGUUAGUUGAUAGUUAUAUAUUAUUACUGACUUUCAGAUGGAACUGAGCUCACCAGUGCAGAACAUGUUAUACACAAUGCUUAAAACACUUAGUGGAUAAUGGAAACAGAAAAAGUGAAAACCAACUGAAGAACAUGAUGAGUGUGUAUGUGCAGUCUAGAACAAUGUAUUACUAUUAUUAUUUUCUACUGGUUUAUUUAACAUCCGUCGUAUUGUUAGUUGUUUCAGUGUGCUGUAAUGAAAACAGAAUUGUUUUUCAGUUAGCACAGAAUGUAUCCGCAGCAUUUCCAAGCAUUGUGGUUUGCUUGUCAAGCACACACGUGACUCCCUUUUCACAGGCCGUGAUUCUCGCUAGCAGAGUUAGGUAAGCAAUGCCUAAAAAUACCUCUAACUGCUCUCCAGUAGGUCUGAUGCUAACACGGGGUGUACAUGUGAUAUUACCCUGGGUUUCCAGCAGUGGAUGGUGAACCGUCUGGAUCUCCUAACUAAUGUUGUAAUGCAACAAUAGGGUAAUUAGCACAGUGCAUGCAGCGAGAAAAUACUGAGAAAAUAAUAUUGAUCCCUACGUUCAGUGCAUGUACAAAAACAGAAAUGUACAGUAAUGUACAGAAAUGCACAUUACAGGAACACUUAGAAAUGACGAAAUAACAGCUAUUUAUUUUUU